CUUUUCAAUUUAAUGCAAGGAUUGAAGCUUGUUAAAGAGCUACGAUAGGUGACCCACUGCAAGAGAAGCGGAGAGGUGGGAAGAUAGGGUUCACCGGCGGCGGAGAGACAUGACCGGAGAAGAAGUAUCCGGCCCUGCCGGCCCCAAGCUCAUCCGUCUCGUCUUCUUCAUCGGCGCCGGAGUGAUCUGCACCACCGCAAUUAACAAGUGGCGCGAAUACGAGAGGAACACCAUCAUCCAGCAACAACAACAGCAACAAGUCGUGGAAACGCAUAAUUCGUCGGAAUCUGUUGCUGCUCCCAAGACUCUCAAAUAAAGUUUUGUUAGGUUAGGCAAUGGAUGUUUGCCAAUGCUUGCGGGGAAAAAUGGAAAUGAAUUGUGGUGGGAAGAUUAAUAAGUUGUAAGGAAAUUUUGAAUUGGCGGAUAAAUUGUCCUUUAUUUAUUAUUCCCAAAAUAACUGGAGGACUUUGUAACUUGAUUUAGUCAUUCGGAAUGAAUUGCUAAUUAUAUCUUUGAGUCUGAA